GUGAAAAAGCAAGAACAAUCAAUAAGAGGGAAAAAAAAAUUCCUCCCUGCUAUAAAUCAGCCACGUGGAGCUGCUGCGGCUGCAGCAUCUGGAGCCCCGACUUCCUGGUUUGCUUCCUGCAAGCCUGGGGCGGGGUGGGGGGUGGGGGUGGGCUGAGGGUGUGCAAAAGGGACCGAGGUGGGUGGCAUUAGCCCGAGACUUGCAGCGGUGGGCGGGGGCGGAGGGUGUUGGUGGUCGGGAUAGAAACGCCAGGAGUGCUCGGGGUGGCUCAGGAACCCCCCCCCCCCAGGCCAAGUUUGAGCCAGCGGGAGGCUCUCGGGGGGGCCAAACCGAGGGGACCCGACCUGGCAAAGUGUAAAGUUAGUUUUUUUUUUUAUUGGGGGGUGCAAAGGGCACAAAGGAGCGGGCAGGGGUGCAGACAGCCCGCGGGGACCGCGGCCCCGGCCCGGAGGCGGGCAGGACGAGGGAGGGGUGCGGGAGGAGGGGGCGGCGGGAGGGGCGCAGGGCAGGGUCGCGGGGAGUUCCGGAGCGGGCGGGGUGGGGGAGGGCGGCGGCGAGCGGGCGCGGGGAGGGAGGGAGGAGGCCGCGCGGCGGCGGCGGCUGCGCCGGGCUCCGGGUCGCUGUGGGCGCCGCGGGAAGAUGCGGCUGAAGCUCGGCUUCCUGGUGCGCAGUUUGCUGCUGCUGGGCGGCUUCCUGGGGCUGCUGGUGCUCUGGUCGUCGCUGUCGCUGCGGCCCGACGAGCCGAGCCCGAUCAGGGAAGACAGAGGCUUCGCUGGCCCCGUCCCUAACCGAGGCGGCAAUGCGCUAGCUCCCGGGGACGACAGAUUCAAGCCUGUGGUGCCCUGGCCUCACGUCGAAGGGAUAGAAGUGGACUUAGAGUCGAUCCGAAGAAAGAACAAGGCCAGAAAUGAGCAAGAGCGCCACGCCGGCGGAGACGAGCAGAGAGAUGUCAUGCAGAGGCAGUACCUCACGUUCAAGCCUCAGACUGUCACCUACCCGGAGCCCGUGCUGCGCCCAGGAGUCCUCGGGAACUUCGAGCCCAAAGAACCAGAACCACAAGGAGUCAUUGGGGGGCCCGGGGAGCACGCCAAGCCUUUGGAACUGGGGCCGGAAUACAAGCCGGCCGUUCAAGCCAGCAUUAAAGAAUUCGGGUUCAACAUGGUGGCCAGCGACAUGAUCUCCCUGGACCGGACCAUCAAUGACUUACGCCAAGAAGAAUGCAAGUACUGGCAUUAUGAUGAAAACCUGCUCACGUCCAGUGUUAUCAUUGUCUUCCACAACGAAGGAUGGUCAACCCUCAUGAGGACAGUCCACAGUGUAAUUAAAAGGACCCCAAGGAAAUAUUUGGCAGAAAUCGUGCUAAUUGAUGAUUUCAGUAAUAAAGAACACUUGAAAGAGAAACUCGAUGAGUAUAUUAAGCGGUGGAAUGGCCUAGUGAAGGUAUUUCGAAACGAAAGGAGAGAAGGUUUAAUUCAAGCACGGAGUAUCGGUGCCCACAAAGCUAAACUCGGACAGGUUUUGAUAUACCUUGAUGCCCACUGUGAGGUGGCAGUUAACUGGUAUGCACCACUUGUAGCUCCCAUUUCUAAAGACAGAACCACUUGCACUGUGCCGCUUAUAGAUGUCAUAAAUGGCAACACAUAUCAAAUUGUACCCCAAGGGGGUGGUGACGAAGAUGGGUAUGCCCGAGGAGCAUGGGAUUGGAGUAUGCUCUGGAAACGGGUGCCUCUGACCUCUCGCGAGAAGAAAAUGAGAAAGACAAAAACUGAACCAUAUCGGUCGCCAGCCAUGGCUGGUGGGUUAUUUGCCAUUGAACGAGACUUCUUCUUUGAACUGGGUCUCUACGACCCAGGCCUUCAGAUUUGGGGUGGUGAAAACUUUGAGAUCUCAUACAAGAUAUGGCAAUGCGGUGGCAAAUUACUCUUUGUCCCUUGUUCCCGAGUCGGACACAUCUACCGCCUCUCCGGUUGGCAAGGGAACCCUCCCCCCGUUUAUGUGGGGUCCUCGCCAACAAUAAAGAAUUAUGUUAGAGUGGUGGAGGUGUGGUGGGAUGAAUACAAAGACUACUUCUACGCAAGCCGUCCCGAGUCAAAGGCAUUAGCCUAUGGGGAUAUAUCGGAGCUGAAAAAAUUUCGGGAAGAUCACAACUGCAAAAGCUUCAAAUGGUUCAUGGAAGAAAUAGCUUAUGAUAUCACCUCCCACUACCCUUUGCCCCCCAAAAAUGUUGACUGGGGAGAAAUCAGAGGCUUGGAAACCGCUUACUGCAUCGAUAGUAUGGGGAAAACUAACGGAGGCUUCGUGGAGCUCGGACCCUGCCAUCGGAUGGGAGGAAAUCAGCUUUUCCGAAUCAAUGAAGCUAAUCAACUCAUGCAGUAUGACCAGUGUUUGACCAUUGGACCUGAUGGGUCAAAAAUUAUGAUUACACACUGUAAUCUAAAUGAAUUCAAGGAAUGGCAGUAUUUUAAGAGCCUGUUCAGAUUCACCCACAUCCCUACUGGAAGGUGCCUCGAUCGCUCCGACGUCCUCCAUCAAGUUUUCAUCUCUAAUUGCGAUGACAGUAAAACGAGUCAGAAGUGGGAAAUGAAUAACAUCCACGGCAUUUAGGAAGAACGGAAGAGAGCCACACCUACCUACUAACCCACACAAGACUGACCCCCGCCUGAAACCUGCUGCAAUCCUCACUGACUCUGUACAGUUCCACACCCACAACCUCCCGGUCUGAAGGACAUUGAUAAACUGUGAUGUUACAAUAAUAACGUUAUCAUCUGCAGUUACUGUUUACAAAACUGCUUUUUACCUUAAACUUUGUAGAUGUUUACAUCCUUUCGUGUUUCGUUUUAAGAUGCUGUUGGUAAUUUGUGCAUUUGGCUCUGUUUUAUUAGGAACGGGGUUAAAUUCGUUGUCUUCUUCGGGAUUACACUCAGGGGUCUGAAAGGCAGUUUGAUUUUUUUUUUUUUAAACACACUUGAAAAAAAAAAGGUUGGAUGAACCAGAUGUCAUGUAUAAUUUGGUGAUUAUCAACCUGUUGUGUCUCUUAUUUAAUUUGACAUCAGUUCAGAGCACUGCCCCAGGUUUUCAGCCGUGGUGGCCUUUCUUCACAGUCAUGCUGCUUUUUUGAAAGGUGAAUUUCAACACAUUUAGUGCCUCUUUCAUUUCUCAGUAUAGAUUUCAAGAGCUUUUGAUGCAAUUUCUAGGUGGUUUUAAUGGAGUCGUCAACUGUAUGAGAGAUACUUUGAUUUACUCAGACAUGAAUACUUAUAUGCUACCAUUUGUUCUGACAUUGAAUGUUGUAUGGGUUGAAAAAAAUAUGACAACAGAGACCAUCUGGAGGCUUAUUCCAGAGGGCUUGAAGAUGAUGUGACAUUAAUUCCCUUACUUGCUGGUGUUCCCAAUCCCCUCAGCUGAUACCAGUCCCUAAGAUAGCGAAGUGAUUCAUCACCUAGAGAAAAAUUGUCCACUCUACUUGGAAUCUAUUUUUCCUCAAUACCUAUCAAAGGACUGGAGAGAUAGCACAGUGGGUAGGGCGUUUGCCUUGCACGCAACCGCCCCUCGGAAAUCCCGGCAAGCUAUCGAGAGUAUCCUGCCCACACGGCAGAGCCUGGCAAGCUACCCAUGGAGUCUUUGAUAUGCCAAAAACAGUAACAAGUCUCACCAUGGAGACGUUACUGGUGCCCACUCGAGCAAAUCGUUGAACAACAAUAAACGACAGUGCUACAGUGCUACAGUGCUACCUAUCAAAGUGGGUUAACGAAAACAACAAAACACCACAUCAAAGAGACCUUCUAGCAAUUAGAAAAAAAAUUUUUUUUUUUUAAUUUUACCUCUUAUGGCUGGAGUCAUUGUACAUGAGUGACACUUGUCUUGUACACAAGUCACCAGUGUUCAAUCCAUAUAAGGUCCUCAAGCCCGCCAGGAAUAAACUCAGGAGUAAGCCCUGAGCACUGCCAGGUAUGGACCAUAAAACAAAGAAGCUGGUGGGGGUUGGGGUGAGAGGGUAAAAAUACCUUCUUCUGACUAAGGUCAGAAUUUCCAAGCCCUUAUUAGACUAAGCUUUACAAAAUUCCUGCGCAUUAUAACCUAAGCUGUGCAACUGCUGAAGACUGGAUGUUUUAUUUCAACCUUUACACAUAAAAUGAAAUUCCCUGCACAUUUAAAAUAUUUCUAAGCGUUAUUUAAAAAUUGUUAAUUAGCAAAGCAGAAUUACUUUGUUAGAGUGGAUAUUCAUUCUCUAGUGUUUUUUAAUUCUUUUUUUUAAGGAACCAUAUUUCUGUAUUUUUUUUUCAGUGAAAAGAUGACUUAACCUAUAUUUAAACAUUCAUUAAGAGACUACCUUUUAUACAAAAAGCAAAUAUUACACAAAAUGGUCAGAGAAGAUAUGAAUUUCUAAAUAGUGCUUUAUUUCCCUCAAAUAUUCAAAUGCAACAUUGAGUGCAAACAAAGAAAGUGAGAAGGUGGGGAAUGGCAAGUAAUUAGGCAUUUUUUUAAAUCUUGAAUCAUGAUAUCGUUAUAAUAAAAGGAAUUCACAGACAGCUACCGGAGGGAAAUAUUUUUAAUUAAAGCUUUAAAAAAAAAAUAAGACCUACAUUUCUUUAAAAGAAAAGCCUACAAACUUGUCUCUCUCAUGCUUAGCUCUUAAAGUUGGGGAGUUAAUCCUAAAUAGUUCUCUUGAUAAUUCUGAUUUUUCAGUUUGUAUUUUGCUAUUGAUCUGUGAUCAACCAUUUUAACUUAAAUUCAUCAAUAGGGGUGUUUAAAAAGGAAUUCAUUUAUAUGCUUCUAUGAUUGCAAAAUAAAUCAACUGAAAAAAGAAACAAAAUACUGGUACUUUAGUUACUUGUUUUUGCAAAUAGAUUCCAUUUUCCUUGUUGAAUAGAUAAUAAUCUUGUUAACUAUGCAUAGUCGUAAGAAAGGUGGCACCAAACUGUGCAUGUAAAUUUUAAAUGGGUAUUUUGUGCAAUUCAUUAAUGUAAUCUAUGACAAUGAUUCUCUAUAUUGAAAUUAGAAACCGUACCAAACACAAAAAACAUCAGAAGCUGCUGCCAUAAUGACUAUUUUCUACUGUAGGCUGCUUUGGAAAUAAUUCCCAUAUUCUUGCUUUGUAAAUUGAUACUAUCACUAUGCAUUUCUACACAUUUUAUAAAUUUGAUUUAUGCAGAUUUUGAUACACUGUAUGUUUCUGUAGAAAUUGUAUAAAUCUUCAAAAUUUUAUUAGGGAUCAAUUUGAGAAGUUUAUGUAUAUCUUAAUUCUGGGUUGCUUGUUUUUUAGGUGAAAAAAAUAAAAUACUGUAUUUUAA